AUGAAUCAGAUCAUUCCAUACUGUCGAAGACUCGGUCAGAAUGAAGCACCAAAUAACGUCUCACAUAUUUCACACAAUAAUGUAAACAAUAUCAUUAGUUUUCAUGAAUUGUAUAAACAAGGUAUAACAAGUGCACAAUUACUUGACUGGUCAGCACCAAUUGAUGUUGCUGAAAAAUAUGAAAUGACAGGUGCAGAUUCAACAGAGAGUUUUUACAAUUGUUCUUCGCCUUGGUUUGGUUCAAAAUGUCAGUACAGAUUCGACAAUAUACUCAGAUUAUCAUUUAGUGAUAUUGUUCGACUAGAAUUUUCCACUCGCUCUUCUCAUUUGAUGCAACUGGAAUAUCUCAAUGUUACAUGUUACUCUUUUCUAAAUAAUUGUAUCAGUAAUGCACCAAUAACGUGUCUUGACUGGCGUCACAUUUGUGAUGGAAAAUUUGAUUGUAUUAAUGGAAAGGACGAAGAAGGUUGUCAAAUAUUGGAAACAAAUGAGUGUUCUAAUGAUACAUAUCGAUGUCAUUUUGGUGGACAGUGUAUUCCAUUGGCAUUUGUACGAGAUGGACCUAACACUGCUGAUUGCCUUGACGGUACUGAUGAGAUACAUUUGCAUGAAGAAAGCAUUUAUCGUUUCAAUAGUCAAUGCUUUAGGAUCCCAACAUUUCGAUGCGAAGAACGUACUGGACCAUAUCAACGCUCUUUUCCAUGUGGGGAUGGUCAAUAUUAUCUUGCUGAUAUUAUACAAACUGUAUUUUCUUGCGCCAACUUUCGACAGUGGUUAGAACAUAAAUAUCGAAUGCUAGUUGAGGGUCCAAUUCUAUAUAACAUUUCAGAAAAAAUAUUCCAGUCAACAUUGGCAUCGAGUAUGCUGUAUCUACAGCCAAUAUUAAAUAAUACAGAGUCAAUGUUUAGUAUAAUAUCAUGUGUAGCUACAAGCAAAAAAUGUUUAUCGAAAUGGAUUUUUAAGGCUAAAUUAUUCAACACUUUCUGGAAAUUCCACUUUGUUUACUUACCUUAUCGAUUAGUGAAUGAUUUAAUCACCCUAAAAUAUCCUGAUUUUAUUUGCUUCCAUGUUCAAGACUGUCCGGCAUCCACCAAUUGUGUCAUAGAAAUAGGAUUAGAUAAUGGACUAGUUUGCUGUCCUUCUUCGAAAUUACUGAGCACAUCAUUUAUUGGCAACAGCGAUCUGUCUGGCGCUAUAGAAAAUCUAUUUUUCCGUUGCUCUACAACGGGUGUAGAGCAAUCAUGUCCACAUCCAUCACUGUUUCAUUGUCCACUUUCAUUAAAGUGCAUUUCAAAACAUCGUCUGCUUGACGGCAUUUCUGAUUGCUAUUUUGGUGAAGAUGAAGCGUUUGAUUCGUGUCAUCUGAACGAUUCGCGACGAUUUAUUUGUGAAUCGGAGCCAAACAAAUGUUUAUCACCAAUAUUAUUGCAGAAUGGAAACAAAGAUUGUAAAAGUGGUGAAGAUGAAUUGACUGAAAAUCAACGUAAUAUGUUAAAAGGAGCUGUUCCAUUCGGUUUGUUAUGUAAUGGCAAAAAUGAUCAAUUAUUAUCAGAAUCUAAUGAUACCGAUGAAACAAAUUGUGAGUAUUGGCCAUGCAAUAAUAUUUAUACUCAAUGUGAUCAUGUUAAAGAUUGUGCUGAUGGCGUUGAUGAAUUAAAUUGUCCCAUUAUAAAAUGCGAAUCGUAUGAUGAUGAAGUACGUAACACGCUAUUGUCCGACAAAAUUUGUUUUUCAUUAAUGGCUUUAAUGGAAAAAUAUUUAAGUUGUGAUAUUCUUUACACAGAAUAUGCAACGUCUUUUAAUACUAUGAUUAACAACAACAAGACAAGUUUGUCAAGCAUCGAUUCAUGUAUACACACGCGCCAUAUAUGUCCCACACCUGAUCAAAUGUAUGGGAGUCAUGUACUAUUUUUUUCCGGACCCAGCUCGCUUUUCUUUCCAACAGUAGCGAAAUACUGGUUGUCACAAAUCGAAAAACAUAUUUGUCCUUUUACAAGAGAACCUUUCCACACACUUGAAAUCACAGAAUGGACUUUUAAAUUGUCUCAACUGGGAUAUUUUCCACCAAAAGUAACUAUGGUAUCUAAGCGAAAUAGUUUCAUAAUUAAAAACGAACCAUUGGUCAAUUUACAACCAAACUAUAAAUCAGUGUGGUAUUGUAAUCGAGGAAUUUCAAUUCAUUUUAAUGAUCAGAAUACAAAGAAAUGUUUGUGUCCACCAAGUUAUUUCGGUGAUCGAUGUCAAUGGCAAAACCAACGAAUAAGUUUAACACUUCAGUUAGUGUAUCGUACUGAUGCUUACAUUAUGGCUGCUUUUCAAGUGGUUCUCAUGCUUAUUGAUGAACAAAGUGAAAGCGUAUCAUAUCAUGAACAAAUCACGUUCGUACCAAAACGUGAUUGUGAAACAAAAUAUAAUAUUUACUUACUUUAUCCAAAUCAACCAAAAAAUUCUUCUACUAAUUAUUCGAUACAUAUUGACUUAUUCGAGAAAAUGACAUUAAACUAUUUGGGAAGUUGGCAUCUAUCCAUUCCAUUUCAAUUUCUGCCCGUUAAUCGAAUUGCUGCGCAACUAUUUAUUCCAAGUUCAAAAAUAAUUUCGAAAUCAUGUUCUUUAUUUUGUGGUAAACAUGGCCGAUGUGCAGAAUACAUGAACAAAAACUUCUCAUAUUUUUGUCAAUGUAAUGAAGGAUAUUCGGGUUCACAAUGUAAUAUUCAACACAAUUGUUCUUGUUCAUUGGAUUCAUAUUGUUUUACAUCGUCGAUUUGUGUUUGUCCACUCCACAAGUUUGGUUCAAUGUGUUAUUUAAAAAAUUCAAUUUGUCAAAUCCCCAAUAAAUCCUGUCAAAAUAAUGGAAUCUGCAUACCUCAUGAUGAUCGUACGGGUUUGAAUAACUUUACAUGUUUAUGUACGGAAGAUUUCUUCGGGACAAGAUGUGAGAAUGUCAAAAAUCGAAUUGAUAUUGCCUUUAAUGAUGAAAAUAUUGAUCUGAUGCCAAUUAUUUGGAUACAUUUUAUUACUUUAUCUGAAAAUGGUCGUCAUCAGCGUAGUACAGUAUUAAACAAGAUAAAAUUUGCACAAAAUGUAAUUAACACUUUUACGAUCGAUCCAUUUCAUGCUGUUUUUAUUGAAUUAGCUAAUCGAACCUAUUAUUUGAUUGUAUUAAGGGAAAGAUUUAUCGAAUCGGAAUAUAUUCAAACAAAAAUUUUAUCGAAUUACCGAUGUUCAUCUAUAUACGAAUUAAUGAAUAAUACGUUUUCAAAUUAUUCUUUGCUUCGUCGUGUUAAAUAUUAUCCUCAUUUAUGUCAACAAAAAGAACAAGUGAAGUGUUUCUAUGAUGAAAUAUACAUGUGUAUAUGUGAUGCUAAUCGAUUUUCCAAUUGUUUUACAUUCAAUCACACCAUAUCUCAUGAUUGUCAAGGAGAAAAUAUUUGUGAAAAUGAUGGUCUAUGCUUUCAAGAUACUGUUAAAUGUCCUCUUUUAUCGAUUUGUGUGUGUCCAGCAUGUUAUUAUGGUACAAAGUGUCAGUUUUCUACAAGAGGUUUUGCAUUAUCCCUUGAUUAUAUUCUCGGUUAUAAUAUUAAACCAAAUGUUUCAAUUUAUCGACAGCCAUUCGUUAUUAAAAUAAGUAUUGCCAUUGUAGUAGUUAUGUUUAUUUUAGGACUAGUCAGUGGAAUGUUAUCUAUCAUAACAUUUCAAAGGAAAAUAAUAAGAAAAAACGGUUGUAGUAUCUAUCUUCUUGUUUCAUCAUGGAAUUCCUUGUGUUUAACCAUUGUAUUGAUGAUCAAAUUUUGGCAAUUACUUUUAUCACAAAUUUCAAUUAUCACCAACCGAUUAUUUCUUACAUGGAAUUGUAUAUUAUUAGAUAUGACUCUCAAAGUUCUUGUAGCAUCAAAUGAUUGGUUUUAUGCGUGUAUUGCACUCGAACGAGUAUUUACCGUUAUCCAAGGUGUUAGUUUCAAUCAACUUAAAAGCAAGAAAGUAGCUAAAUGGAUAUUUCCAUGCAUAUUUCUAAUAACAAUUCUUACUCAUAUUCAAGAUCCUAUUCAUCGUCGUUUAAUUGAUGAUAUUGACGUUGAUGAAAAACGAACUUGGUGUUUAGCUCAGUAUUCUUCUGCAUUAAACACCUUCAAUAUGUUCAUUACGCUUUUUCAUUUUCUUGUUCCUUUCUCGGUGAAUAUAAUUUCUACUAUACUAACAAUUAAGCAGAUAGCCCGCUCUCGUUGGCAAACUCAAACUGCAAUACCGUUCAGCAUACAUCUACGACAACACUUUAAUCAACAUAAGCGUCAUCUAUUCGCAUCAUGUGCAUUAAUAUUAUUGGCUUUACCUCGUCUCGUCAUAUCAUUUAUCAGUGGAUGUAUGAAAUCACCAAGAAACCCAUGGUUAUAUCUCUUUGGUUAUUUUAUUUCUUUUACUCUAUCCAUGAUUACAUUUAUAGUAUUUAUAUUACCAUCAAAGCAAUACAAAGAUGAUUUUAUGACAGCUAUUCGACAUAUUAUUCAACGAUUUCAUAGGUGUCUCGGCAUAAAAAAAUCAUAA